UAGAAUAACGUUAUCGAAGCGAAGUCUAGUAGCUUGUUUCAAACUCUAAUCUCAUCAAAACGAAACUCCGGUAGCUUGCUGAAACGCGAUGGCGUCCAAAGUCUCAAACCCUCCAUAUCCGAGUGCUGCGAGAAUCGCCGAUUCUCAGUGUUUUCCUCAAUAUACUGCUUCUCUCAAAUGUUUAGAAGAAUUUAAUUCUGAUAAGAGUAAAUGUCAAGAACAUUUUGAUGUUUACAAGGAGUGUAAGAAAAAGGAGAGGGAAGCACGAUUGGAACGUAAUAAAAAUCGGUCCUUCUUCUCAUGAAAUCUUAGCAAGGCUUUCGCUGAUUGUAUCAUAAGAAACAAAGUGAAGAGUGCACUGGGAUUGCGGGUUCGUCUGUGGUUAUCUGAUGCUAUGAAAAGAAGGUGCUGCAAUAAAUAUGCACAAUGGUUCUCUACACACUGCUCCUUUCUGUUUCUGCAUUAUGUAGUUCAACUGAAACCUUGUUCACUUUUGGAUACUAAAAUUACUGUGAUGUACGUUUUCCUUUUUUUCUGUUUUUCCUAGUCUGAUAAUAUAUGUUUUCCUUGAAGAGUAAUGAGGUAUCAUCACAGGGCCAGCUCUUUCUUUCUUUUUAUUAUCAUCAUUAUUAUUGUUAGGGCAAGUUGCUUUUGGCUUUAAGUAUGUUAACUUGUCUGUUAUAUUUAGAAAAUUUGAUUAAAUUAAAGAAGUGGAUGAGAACGAAU